CUUAAAAUAGGUUAUAUUGAUGUUAGAAAAGGUUCUGAUCUGAUACAGGAACUGUAUAUAAGUACAAUAUUAUAAAAAAUGGAAUCAGAAGCAGCCAUUAUCGAAAACGAGGAAAAGGCAGGCGAAUCUAAAGAAAUAACAAAUCCCGAUGAUCCUUUUGCCUACUUAAAUCGUCAUUUUUCGAAUGAACAGUUCAAAAUAGUCUUGAGAAAUUUACCUGCUUAUUAUGGAAUAAGUGAAUUCAAGAAGUUACUGAAUGAUAAGCUCAAACUUAAUUCAAGAAAAAUUAAACAAGGCAAUAGAAAUGCACGUAAUGCCUUCAUAUGUUUUCGAAAUGAGGAAGAAAGGGAGAAUGCUAUUAAAGUUUUGACUGGUUACAGUUGGAAGGGGAAAAUCCUUGAAGUUACGAAAGCUAAACCAUCUGCGGACCCAUUUGUACUCAAGAGAAGUCAAGAUCAUGACGACAGAGAUGGUAAAUCAAAAAGAGUUAAACGAGAAAAUUCAACUGAGAAUAGAACACCUGCAGAAAGGGUCAAGGAAUCUACCAUUCCUCUUGCAGAUAUGCCUUAUCCUGAACAACUGAAGCUGAAGGAAGAAAAUAUAAGAGUAAUUAUUGAAAAAUUAGGUAAGGAGCUGUUACAUUCAAGCCCAGAAUUAAGACUGUGGAUUACUAAACAGAAGCUGGCUAAUAACGGUUUGAUUUGUCCUGUUGAACCAAUUAAAUAUGCUGAUAAAAUUGAUGGAUAUAGAAAUAAAUGCGACUUUUCUUUUGGUAUCGAUGACGAAACUAAACUACCAGUAGUAGGUUUCAGAUUGUCAAGCUACGCACAUGGUAGUAUUAGUGUGGGUCCAGUUGAAAACCUUAGGCACAUUCCCAAUGAAAUGAAGACAGUUUGUAAGAUUUUUGAAAAAUUUGUCCAACAAUCAAAAUUGGAAGUUUUCAAUGCUGAAAUACAGUGUGGACACUUCAGACAACUCACAGUACGAUUAGCAGAAAAGCAAUUGAUGAUUAUUGUAGGAAUUCAUCCUCAAAAUUUAUCAGAGGAUGAACUGAAAAAUUUCAAGACAGAUUUAGUUGAAUAUUUCUCGAAUGGACCAGGAAAAGAAGCGGAAGUAACAUCUUUAUAUUACGAAACUAUAGUAAAGAAAACCUGCCAAAAUGAUUACUUUCCACCCGAACAUCUAUGGGGUGCCACACACAAUUACGAGAAUAUUCUUGGACUCAAAUUCAAGAUUUCACCAGAGGCCUUUUUUCAAAUCAACUCUCAAGCGGUAGAAAAAUUGUAUGAAACAGCAAUAUCCCUGGCGGAACCCACUGAAAAAAGCACGGUAUUAGAUGUUUGUUGUGGUACAGGUACCAUAGGAUUGUGUUUUGCCAAGCACUGCGGGCAAGUCUUGGGUCUAGAAAUCAUAGCGAAAGCCAUAGCAGACGCUAAGGAGAAUGCUGUUUUAAACGAAAUUCAAAAUGCAAGUUUUUUUGUUGGAAAAGCUGAGGAAAUGUUAGGAUCUACAUGUUAUAAAUCUAAAAAUGAUGAUAUAAUCGCGGUUUUAGAUCCCCCAAGAGCAGGCCUACGUAAGUAACAUUAGUAGAGAUACACCGUUGUUCAAUACUUACCUACUUUUUAUUUUGUUUCAGAUCAAAAAGCGGUCUUGCAGUUGAGAAAAGUGAAGAAAAUCAAGCGAUUGAUCUACGUUUCUUGUAACCCUGAAGCUGCUCGGAAAAAUUUCUUCGACCUGGGAAGACCGGAAUCUAAAACGCUACAGGGUGAACCAUUUGUUCCUAUAAGAGCAGUACCCGUAGAUAUGUUCCCACACACUAAACACUGUGAACUUGUCAUUCUCUUUGAAAGAUUUGAUGUUGUUCGGAGCAGAGAAGAGAAGCUGAAGAAAGACAUGGAAGAAGCAAAAAUAAAUGAAACAGUAGAAGCGGUAGAGCAAAAGAUGGAUUUCGAAGAAGAACAAAAGAGCGAGAAGAAAAUAAAAGAAGAGAAAAGGGAAGAAUUAGGUGUGGAAAAUGUGCAAAUGAUGGAUGACGAAGAAGAACAAAAGAGCGAGAAGAAAAUAAAAGAAGAGAAAAAGGAAGAAUUAGAUGUGAAUAAUGUAGAACCCAACCCAGAAAGUAUGGAACAACUAAAGCAACAAAGAGAUAAAUUGAAACAGUAUCAAAGGCGAAUAGAGAUAGCUUUAAAUUUAGAUAGGGAGUUAGCUAAAAGUCUUAUAGCUAAGGGUCAAAAAGAUCGAGCAAAGCUUUUACUUAAAAAGAAGAGGUUUCAAGAACAGCUACUUAUCAAAACAGAUGGACAACUCCAAAACUUAGAACAACUGACACAUGAUAUUGAGUUUGCCCAGAUAGAGUUGCAAGUGGUUGAGGGUUUAAAAAUAGGUAGUGAAGCUCUUAAGAAAGUUAAUGAUGCAUUGAAUAUAGCCGACAUCGAAAAAAUAAUGGAUGAUACUCGAGAAGGGAUGGAAAAACAACAGGAAAUAAGCGCUAUUAUCAGUGGUAACUUAACUGAAGAAGAUGAAGAGGCUGUGGAUGAAGAGUUUGCUGCAAUUUUGAGUGAACAAAUGCCGGAGGUACCAGAAGUUGCUGUGACUGUAGAACCUUCUUUGCCAGAAGUACCUACUGAACCAAUUGAAGAUUCUAUCAAAACUAAGAAGAAAAAGUUGGAGGAACCCAUUGCUCUGGAAAAGAAAUUAGUGAGUUCUGGUGGAAGUUUCGAUUUUCUCAAAAUGAGCGUUCAGGGUUUUUUGGAUAUAGUGCAGGGCCCUUUGGCUCAGUAUUUGAGCGUCUCAGCAAGCAUCGGGGGUGACGUUGCCCAACAUAGUUUAUUAGUAAAAAAAGCAUUCGAUGCUCAAACAGAAUUCUUGAAAACCGCUAGUCAGAGCAGCCAACCAGGUCAAAACGAACUGGUCCAAUUUUUGAAGCCAACAAGUGUGGAAAUCGAGAGCAUACAGCAAUUCAGGGAGAAAAAUAGAACAUCCCAAUUCUUCAACCACCUUUCUGCUAUAAGUGAGAGUAUCCCAGCUCUAGGAUGGGUCACAGUGAGUCCUGCCCCAGCUCCUUACGUAAAGGAAAUGAACGAUGCUGGUCAGUUUUACACCAACAGGGUUCUGAAAGAUUGGAAGGAGAAGGAUAAGAAACAUGUUGACUGGGCAAGGUCUUGGAUUCUAACACUUACGGAACUUCAAGCUUUUGUCAAACAGCACCAUACCACAGGGUUGGUCUGGGCCAAGAAGGGAGGAGCUCCAGCAGCACCUCCACCACCUCCGCCACCAGUUGUGGACCUAACAGCAGGGGGAGAUACUAAUCUAGAUAGAUCUGCGCUGUUCGCCGAAAUUAACCAAGGUGCAGAUAUCACUAAAAGUCUGAAAAAGGUAUCCUCAGAUAUGCAAACACACAAGAACCCUGGCUUACGUCAAGGUCCUGCACCUUUUAAACCUGUCUCCAAACCCUUGAGUUAUGGAAACAGCGCCGCCCCUGCUGUUGAAAAACCACCAAACUUCACCAAGGAUGGGAAGAAAUGGCUGAUUGAAUACCAGAAGGGCAAACAUGACUUGGUUGUUGAAGGAGUCGAAAUGAACAAUGUUGUGUACAUGUUCAAAUGUACAGAUUCGACUGUAACCGUCAAAGGAAAGAUCAAUUCUAUCGUUUUGGAUUCCUGCAAGAAAUCCUCCAUUGUCUUUGACAAUUUGGUAUCAUCUGUGGAAUUCAUUAAUUGCCAAUCGGUCCAGAUGCAAGUCUUGGGUAAAGUACCAACCAUAUCCAUUGACAAAACAGAUGGCUGCCAAAUCUACCUAAGUCAAGAGUCAUUAAAUGUGGAGAUAGUGAGUUCGAAAUCGUCCGAGAUGAAUGUGAUGGUUCCUAAAGCAAACGGAGACUACUCAGAAUAUCCAGUUCCGGAACAAUAUAAAACCACUGUCGUACCCGGCAAAGGUUUGAAUACGAUCAUUGUCGAAAACAAAGGCUAAGUGUUUUAAAAACAGUUUUUAUAGAUAUUUGAGCAAUUUUUUAUGAAACGUAGAUUUAAAAGAAACACUUUGGCGUCUUGAGAAGGAAAAGUGUUAUUACAAUUGAUUCUGAUGCUUUUCUUUAAACUUAGCAUGUGAAGGGUUUUAAACAUUUUAGAAAACUUCAACCAGGGAUUUUAUUGUGUAUUAACGAGUCUUCCAAACCUAAAUAUGCGAAAUGACUGAUGUGUACUUUCUAUUUUAUUUUAUAAACUACCUCAAUUUUUUACAGACGAAGAAAUCACUUCAAUAUUUCCUCUUUAAUUGUUAUUUUGAAAGAAUUGGUUUAAUAUUAUUACUCAAAAAAAUAUUUAGAAUCGAGAAGAAAAUAUCGACCUGGUUAAAGUUUUCACCGCGCUUUUGUAUAUUUAUACAUUGAAUGUAAUGGAAUGUUCUUGAUGGAUAUAGGGAACCUUUGUUACUUAUAUUAAAAAAAUUGCAAUAAUAAAAUUAAUUUUAAAUCUUUGCUUGUCUUGAUUUGUUCAGAUAUUGAAAUUCUAGUCAAUCUAAAAAAAUGUACUAGAUUUUAUUAAAUAACAGUAUUUUCACUAACAUAUCCUUUGAAUUGAUUGAAACAAUUUUUUUUCUUUGGAUUUGUGUUCUAAAACGCGACUAGUUAAUUUUUCUGUUUAGAAUAUAUGCGAACAAAUAGCUUCAAAAAUUUUUUCCUAUGUAUUUUUUAUUAUUUAUUGAAUAUGAUUUCUUUAAAAUAAAUAUAGGUAAAUAGUAA